UUUAUGGGCUGCCGGCCAUUUAGGAUUUCGUUGUUGCAUGGCCGGCAGUCGGUUCAAGUUCGCACAAUGUCUCUAAAAUGCAACGAAUUUCGGCGCGACGUUUUUAUGGGCUGCCGGCCAUUUAGCAUUUUCAAGACCUUGACCGGUAACCGGCCAUAUAGACACAGCGUUAAUUAUUUAGAGCUCUACGCAUAAAUGGAAACAACAGAAAUAAAAUAUGGAAUAAAAGUGAUUAAAAAAGAUGAUAAAUACUUCGAUGCAGACAGGAAAUGAAGUGCACCUGUUCAGCAUUGCUAUCUCAGCUUAUUUGUAUUAGAUAUAUAAUGGUAAACUGGUAAUAUAAUAUUUCAGUUGUAGAUGAACGAGCGUCCAUCAAGUAUUUCGCCGUGAUUAAAUACUCAACAGAAAUUUUCAAUACGCUGAUAGUCCUUUCAAAAACAAUUCGUCUUUUGUUGCAGUGAAUAAAAAGCAACUCACACGUAUUGGCUGUUUAAAAUUAAAAAACACUUAUCCACUCGAUUUGUUGAAUUAAGUGCUCGAUACAAAUUCGCCCUCCGCAUCAAGUGCAUUUUAUUUGGCCGUGUCAGCGAUUGUCAGUGAUUCAAAAACAAUGACCACAGACUAUAGUUCGUUGUAAAUGGGGUGAUAGACUCGAGGUGUUACCGCGGUUCUCAGUGAGACAAAAGGCGAUUGUGUUGCUCUCAACUGGUUUCAUCAAUGGCGAACUAUUCCUGUAGCGAAUACACUUCAUUUUACCAGUACAGACAUGUUCUACAUGAGUCGUUCAUCGCAUCGUCGGUGUUACUUGGCCUUCAAAUCAUCCCAGCUGUCGUAUUCAACCUUUCGAUUUUACUGGUAAUAUGGAAAACACCUUCUCUGCACACUCCUUCUUAUUUUUUCUUGUUCAAUCUUGCUCUGUCAGACUUAGCCGUGGCUAUCAUCGGAUCACCAUCGGUUAUCUUCACAUUUAUGAUUCAUGUUUAUGGAUCAGAUCACUUAUUAGUCUGUGUCUCAGUCCAUUCCUCUUGUAUUUUAUCUAGUCUCUUCUCCAGCGUUUCAUUCUUGACAAUUACAGCUGCAACUGUGGAUCGUUAUCUCGCUUUGAAACUCCAUCUAACUUAUGUAACACAUGUCACUACAUCUCGUGCUGUGGCCCUCUGUGUUCUCAUUUGGCUUUGUUCUGCUGUUCCACCUCUUUUAUCGAUUAUGAGCUUGAAAAUCUAUUGCUUGGUUGUUUUUCCAGCGCUGGUAUUUCUCUUGGCAUUGAUGUUUUUUUGCUAUUGUAAGAUAUUGCUUGUGAUUCGUCAUCACCGAAAUCAAAUUGAAUGCCAACAGAAUUUUCAACAAGAAAAUUGUACACCUUCGCAAAAUAUGACGAGCUUUAAAAAAAUAGCUUAUAACAUACUCGUCGUGUUUACUCUGAACACUCUUCUCUACAGUCCAAUUGUUAUUGGUCUUAUUGUAAGCACGGUUUAUGAGACUACGUUUGUAAAUCAGGUUCGAUUUUUUGUGCUUAUAUUCCCGUUCGUGUUUGCCAAUUCUACAGUCAACCCCCUUCUUUAUUGCUGGAGGCUGAAUGACAUUCGCAUUGCUCUCAAACAGAGGUGGCGACAACUUUAGGAGCAAAUUUACUAAUCCUAUACUGUGUCAUUGAUUAUUUUCUUCAUGGUACAUCUGAACUUGUUUUUUUUUUAAACAAUCUCUUUUGACAGACUAAGAGCAAGACUUUCAUGUUUGAUCUAUUGAUCUUUUCAAUCAUUGGUACGUUGCACAGUUGAUUAAUCAAAAACAAAAACAACAACAACAAAAAUAAAAUAAGCAAUAAACAAGUUCACAUGUACCAUGAAGCUUACAAACUCGUUGAUGAUCAAAUUUAAGAAACUUUCUAGAUUAUUUUCUUUCAGAGCUGCUUUGUAAAUGUUGAAACUAAAUAUAAUCAGAGUUGGAGAACAGUCUUCUGAUUCAGAAUCCUUUUUCAUUGGCAUGUCACGGAGAUUAUUGUUUUUCCACUAAUAUUUUCUUCUGCUACUGUCAUCUUUUGAUCAAUGAAGCCCUUGAGACGUGCUCCCAUGCAGAGAGAGGAACAAUCACUUGUCCUUUUGUUUUGAUACUUAUAAACUUACCCUCCUCCACAGGCGCCACUUAGAGUUACGAGCUUCUUGUUGUGGAAGCAAGAAAAGCGAGAGUGGGAGCAAAUGAAGAAGAGUGCGUGAUCCCUGCCCAAUAACAACAUACAAGUACAAAUCAUUUGUGUCCUCUUUAUUCAAAGCGUCUUCCACAGUUUGAUAUUGUCUUACCCAAUGCAAUUCACAUGCAGUUUACCACACACUCCAACAUUGGGUAGAGGAAGAGUUUCUUUCUAAGAUAGACAGGGGAUUUUUUCAUAACAACGAGAUAUUGAAGUUGAACAAAAAACUGAAAUGCAGUAAACUGUAUGAUUUCGAAAAGUGCAUAUGUAGCCAAAGUUGUUGAGAGUAGAUCUUUAGUAGUUUCGCUGUCUACAGCAUCAUCAGGAAAUGAGCGAGAUAAAAUGCAUAGAAUUAUAAGAGCGAAGCAGUCAAGCGAAACAUGAAUAGAUGUAUAGUCAAUAGGCGUCUACGACGGACAAGACAAAACUCUAGACAAUUAAAAUAACAAAUCCUGUAGCAAAGUUGACUUUGGAUGGUCUAGGGAACCAUUAUCGAUUAUUAAAAAAAUAACGGUUUCUUUGCGUUCUUCUUAUAGAAGUCGAAAUUGGUCGAGUCGUCGUUAUUCACUGACACGGUGAAGUCUAGUAAUGAGAUGGAAUGGCCAUCAGGAGUUUUGGUAGGUUUCUCGAUCUCAAAGUCGAUUUCGUUUUGUUGUGUUCUCAUUAUUGCGUGGAAACUAUCUGCAUGCUGUUGGUCGCUGGUUUGAGCGUAGACAUCAUCCACGUACCUGCUAUAUUGGCUAAUAUAUGCGCAGGCCGAGAGGGAUUGGCUUUCCAGUGUGUCCAUAAAGAGGAUGGCUAAUAUCCCUGAUAAACUUGAGCCCAUAGGGAGGCCUUUCUUCUGCUGAUAGAUGUGUGGGCCAAAAUUGAAAUAAACAUUUUGAGUGGCGAUGGUGUUAGUAGAUCUGCGAUGUUGACGUUAGUAAAAUGGUUGAUGGAUGAUCCCAUUCUGUCAGAUACAUUUUUAAUGGCUUCCUGGACUGGAAUGGAUGUAUUUAGUGCCACAACGUCUAAGCUGAAAGGGUAAGGAAAGUUGAGGUUGUCUUGGCAGUCACGGUGUCAAGGUAAUUGGCCGGAUUUCCAAAGGUUCCCAAAGAACUUUAGACGUUCUUCGGCUCUUGUGAAUUUUCUUGUCUUGUCAGUUGGAUCAAUUGCUGAUUCUAAUAUUUCUAAGGAACUUUAGAGGAUUUUUAGCUUUUUUGAAUUUACCUGAAUGAAUUGGUCUAUUCUGCCCAGCAGUUGCUAAUAUAAAGAUUUUCUAAAGGAAAGAAGAUGUUCUUCCAAUUUUCUUGUAUUGCUUUAAAGGUUUCUCAGAAACUAUAGAGGUUCUUUGAGUUCCUUGAAGGCAUAUGACAUCGGAGUAUCGAUACGUUUGAUGAUGUCUCGUACAGAUGAGAAAGGUGGACGGAAGAACUUACUAACCGCCACUGAUAGAUGGACUAAUGGUUAUUAAAAGACAUUGGAAACUUAUGUCAUUUCCAAUUACCUUUCAAGCUAGAGUAUGAAACGCCGCCAACACAUUCUAACCUAUUUCAAUAUUCGUCUAUGCAGGGACCUGGUCUAUGAUAACAUUCAAAUUUUAAUUUUGGUGACKACAAAACAAUUGGACUUUAGAUGCUUCAAAAAUUGAGGAUGUAAACCCAAUGCAUAAAAUACGCAUUUCGCUAAAUAGUCGUCUCCUAUAUAAUUUAGUAUACGUGCAGUGUUAUUCACUUGUCAAAUUGUCGGCUUUCAUAGUUAUUCUCCCUACUACCGAUAUCAGUUUUUGUUUCGUUUUGUUCCUAUAGUACUAAUUUUAGAAUGCCGUUAGUCUAAGAAUUUAAUCGUACUUGCUGUAUUUUCCUUGAAAAUUAAUGUAUUUCAUUAUAUACACGUCCAGUCUAGCAUUAUCUAGCAACUCAAUCAUGGACGCUUUUGAUGUGAUUCAAUAUACAUCAAGUGCUGUCUCCUUUCAAAAGUGCGGGUUAUCAGCAUCCCCUUAAACGUCAAAGGAUACAAAGCAGUAGCAAGAAGUGGUGAUGAAUUACCAUCAUAUAAUCACCGUCAGUGCCCUUCCGUUAUCUUAUCCGUUACCCACAUUAUUAGACGAAGAAACGUUACAGAAACCAUUCACUAGGCGAGUACGACUUGGUCACUCCAAAAGCUUAAUAUUUUAAGUGAAGUAUUUUGGUUUUAGAAAUGA